AUGUCUUCAAAACGUAAUUCACCAGUAGAAAAGUCUAAUAAACGAACAAAUAAAAGUCGCAAAAAUGCUGCCGAAUAUCAAGAGCGUGUACUCAAUCAAGUUCGUGAAAUGUUUGAUUCCAUUUUAGAACCAGACGUUAUUUUAUCUGUGGUUCAAAAUUGUAACUGGAAAUUACAACCGUCCAUUGAAUGUUUGAUUAGCUUAUCAGCAAAUAUCAACACUUCCAAAGAGAGUGACAGAAAUUUCACCAAUUUUAAUGCAGAUUUGGAGAAGGACGAAGAAGGUGCAGUGGGAAAUAAUCGAGAUUCAAGUCCAGAAGAGGAUGCUUUUGAGGUUGAUACCGAUUUCACAUAUUUGAAUAUUGACGACGAGGAAUUACAAAAACAAAAAGAUGAAUUCAAAAGGUUUGAAUUAAUGCGAAAACAUACACAGGAUUGCAAUGAAGAUUUACCUAAACAUUUUUUUCAAGAAAAUUUUGAAAAAAUCUUUGACGACUUUAUUUCUUCCACAAAUGAUCCAUCAACAAUUAUAGAAGAUUCAUUAUUACCCAGCGGAAGUAAAACACAUGAAAGUUCACGUCAAUUUUCAAAUUUAUCUGAAGAACGUAAAAGUAAAACAGAAACUGAAUCACUUUGUGGUUUAAAGAUUCAAUAUCGAUUUGGUGGUCCCGAGGCAAGUUCCGAUGAUGAUGCUGAUGUGGUAAUUGAAAAGGAAAGCAACGAUCAAAUAAUAACAAAUUCCGAGAAUACAUUGACAAACGUUUGUCAAUUUUUAUCGUUAUCUACGGAAAGUUCGCCAAAAACAACAUUCCCUCAGGUUGAAAUGAUUAGUACCGCUUCGCCAAUGUCGUCGCCUGUUAAUGAAAAAUUCAAAGCCGGUUUUAAUGCCACACUAAGUCGAAUAAAAUCGACAAUUCAACGAGGAUUUAAAAUAAUGGUAAUAACACGCGGACUUCCCGGUAGUGGAAAAUCAUAUCUCGCAAGAAAUAUCGCUCAAUUGGCCGAUGAAAAUGAUGCUGCUCAAUUUAUUUUUAGUACUGAUGAUUUUUUUAUGAAAAAAGGACGUAUUUAUGAUUUUGAUCCAAUGAAAUUAUCAGAUGCACAUACAUUUAAUCAACAACGUGUUUCAAAGGCUGUGAAAGAUGGAAUUAGUCCAAUAAUUAUCGACAAUACCAAUACUCAAUGUUGGGAAAUGAAACCGUAUGUGAUUUUUGCAGUGCAAUAUGGUUACUUUAUUGAAGUUCUCGAACCAAAUACACUCUGGGCAUAUAAUGUCAAUGAAUUGGCAAAAAAGAAUAUACACAAUGUGCCGAAACAAUCAAUACAAAGAAUGCUUGAACGUUUCGAUAAAAAUAUCACCGCGGCAAAAUUGUUAAAAAUGUUCUCCUUGAAAUAUGAAUCCUUUAAUACACCACCACAACCAUGUUUAAAUGAUCAUGUCCUUAAGAAAAAGAAAAAAAAUCCUGAUAAUCUAAAGGAAACGAGGAAAAUUCAACGCAAAAAUAAGAAAAUUGAAGAAAAAUUGGAAAAUUACACUCCUGUUGGUGUCUCAAAUGCAACAGUUGUCAAUGCCAUUAAAACACCUCAAAAUGAAAAUCUAACUGCUUUGGAACUCGCUCUCAAAACUUUCGGUGGUGACGAUGAUGAUUUAUCGCCAAAAGAAAAUACACAACAUUUAAUUGAGGACAAAUGGGAUGAAAAUGGCACAAGUUGGGAAGACGAGGAAUUAAAAGUCGAAAUCAAUAAUCAAGAAUCAAAUAAUUUAAAAGAAACACUCAAUGAAGAAUCAUCGAGUUAUCGUCCAUUUGUUUUAAAAGUGGCUGAUAAUGUGAAAAAUGUUCACGAAGUAAAUGAAAUACAUCCCACCCUCGGUGCAAUUGGUUCUGAGAGAAAAAACAGUUUUAUUAAAAAUUUCCCUCCAAAUUCUUCGGAACUCGAUAAUAAUACUGUUCUCUCACAAUGUUGGGAUUUCACUAUUUUACUCGAUGGACAACAAAUACACAGUGUUGCACCCGAAAAUGAAUCUCUAAACGACGAAAGUCGGGAAAAUUCGAAUAAUUCCACAAUAUCGCGUUCGUCGGAAAAUUCACGAAAAGUUAAGAGUCCAACUGAAGAAUUAAAAGAGGCAGCUAAUGAUAAAGAUUCACCUGACAGUGGUACUAAAUCAUCCACAACUGAAUCUUUCGAACAUAUCGAUUCAAAUAGUGAGGAUUCAUCAUUUGAAAUUCGUGAUCUAAUCGACGCGAAAGAAACAACAGAAAUAGAUGAUGAAAUUACAAUAAAUUCAGAGCACGAUCCACAAGCGAAAGUCAGUUUUGGAUCAAUUAUGAAAUUCAUUAAAAAAUCAUUCCUCGGCGUUAAUAAUAAUAAUAACGAAUCAUCAAAAGAAAAAAAGAAAAAUUCCGAAACUGUCAUCAUUGAUUCUCUAACCGAAAAAUUACAUUCACCCGUUAAAGAUCAUAAUUAUUGUAAAACAAAGAAUCUCGAUUACGAACAUUGGAUUAUGCCCGUCAAUGAACAUAAUUAUUCAAAAACACCUGAUGACGAGCCAGAAAUUGAUGACACCUUAAGUAAGAAGCUCGCCGAAUUUUCUCAAGAUUCACCAAAUAAAUUAAAUUUAGUUUGCGAAUCACAAGGAAAUUUCAAAUGUAUUGAUUAUCUUGAUGAUUCCCUAAAAGAAAAUUCAAAUUUCGUUAAUAUUUCCCCCGAUAUUGAUUCAUUGGAGAAAGUGAAUAUGUCAAAUUUUGAGAAAUUAGUUUCCAUUUUAAAUGAAUCACGUGAUAAUUUAGAUGCACUGAACUCUAAAUUUGAAACAAUAAAAUUGACCGAAGAAAAUGAGAAAUUAAUUCUAGAAGAGAAGGAAAUACAAAGUAAUCAAGAUAAUCGUUUAAGCUUUACAAAAGAAAUUGACGAAACAUUACUUCAAAAAAAUGAAAAUCUUUCAGUAAAAAUCGAUAAGAAUUCUGAUCCAAGUGAAGAAAUGAUUGAUAAUAUUAAUUCAAUAUCAUGGAAAGAAUCACCAUUUCCAAUUUAUGGUUCCGAAAUUCCAAUGAAAAUUGUCGAAGUAUCGAAAACAAUUAUCACAGCAGAAGCUGCAACAAAUACAAAUUUCUACGAUUUUAAUGUAUCAUUCAUUGGCGGAACAAAUGAAUCCGAAUACACAAUUUUGGAUACAUUCAAUCGAAGUAUCAACGAGGGGCAACAAAUUCCAAAUUUCGAGACACCACCACCAAGAAAAUUAAAACUCGACAAAAGUUCCAUGACAAAUGAAGUUGAUAUUUUACUACAAUUGCCAAAUACUUCUCAAAAUUCUGAGGAAUCAGACAAAGAAAUGAUUCAAGGUUUAAUUGAUAUGUUUCCCCACAUACCCGAAGAUUAUAUACUUGAUGUUUAUAAAAAUUUAUGUAAAGGCGAUUCAGAUUGGGCAAUUGAUGUAUUACUCGAUGGUGUACCAUCGGGUGGAAUUUUAAAAACAUCGGAAAAUUCAUCUUCGAAUUCAUCGCCUAUGAAUAAAAAACAAGAUAAUCUCAAACAAACUAUUGAAUCAAAUAAUGAAAGUAUGCAAAAUCGUCGAAAGGAAAAAUCAUUAAUUAGUGAAGAUAUUCUUGCAUUGAAAAAACAUCUUGAGGAGAAAGUGAUGAUAAGUGAGGCAUCUUAUCAUCCACAUACGUUACGUGUGAGAAAAUGGAGAAAUGGCGAGCCAGACGUUUCGACAGAAGAAAUUAUUGAAGCACAAGCGAAAAAUAAAAAUGUCCUUCAAUUUGCCAAUGAUUCGAGAUCAGGUUCAUCACGAGAAUCGCCAAUAAAUGAAAAUAUUUUAAAAGAAAAAGAAGAGAGCGACAGCGAUGAAUCAUCAUUGGAAUCUGAUGAAACAAUAGAAUUCGAUUUGGGUUGGGAAUUUAUCAAAAAUCUCGAAUCACAAUUUGGUAAUAAUGAUUUUCAAUUGCCUGAUGGACUAUUUCCGGUGAUUAAUAUGAAGAAAUCAUUAGCCCAAGAAAUUUAUUCACUGUGGAUUGAAUCAAUGCAACAGCAAAUGGAUGAUCAGCAAGAACAAUUGGAUGCAAUGAUUGCAAAAGACGCCGAAUAUGCAAAAUCAUUAGAAGAAGCUGAAGCUAAAGCUGUUAAGGAAUCCACUGUACCAAGUUUAAAUGAAGUCAUGGAUAUGGAAUUAGCUUUAGCGGUUUAUAAAAAUGACAUGAAGAAACAACAAGUGAGAGAAACGCCAAACGAUAUGGCGUCACGUUUAACGCGGCAAAUGUUAAAUGAAAUGUUCCCAAAUACUGAUCCCGAAACAUUGAGUGAAAUUUUAAAAGCGCACAAUGGAAAUUUUAAGGAAACUGUCGAAGUUUUAGAGGCGAGCACAGGACAGUCUUUAAGUUCAACAGGCGCUUUAGACAAACAAAAUAGUUUAAUCGAUAAACUAAAGCAACAAAAAUUGUCAAAAGAGGAUUCAAAAUCGCUUAAAGUGACGAGUUCAAAAAUUACAAAUGCAGAGCCAGAUGAAUUGACAUAUGAGCAAGUUUUGGAUUCUGCUCAUGAAUCAAGAAGAGAAGCCGAAAGACAAUUUUUAUUGCGUAAUGGAAAUUUUAAUAAAGCAUCUCAAGCUUAUAGAAAUGGAAAUCCUGCAGUUGCUUCAUAUUAUUCUGAAAUGGCUAAAUUACAUUCGAAAAAAAUGGAAACUGCCAAUUCAGAGGCGGCAAGCGCAUUUUUAGCGGCUCAAACACAUGUUUUAGGCGAAGAAAAUACACUAGAUUUACAUAAUCUAUUCGUUCCCGAAGCAUUACAGGCAUUGGAUAUAUAUUUAGAUCAUCAAUUGCAAAUGUUAAAUAGUCGAAAUAAAAGAUCAGUGGAAAUAUUAAUCAUUACUGGUCGUGGUGCUCGGAGUAGUAAUAAUAAAAGUAAAAUAAAACCUGCGGUAUCGAAAAGACUUACUGCCAGAAAUAUUGGUUUUACCGAAGCAAAUCCAGGAUGUUUAAAAGCAAGACUUUACAGACGCAACUCUUCUACGUAGAUGUUUUUUUUUAUACAUGGAGAUAAUUUUUAAUCCAAUAUAUAAGGUAAUCGUUCCACGAGAUAUAUACUUAUUUAAAAAAAAUAUAUAUUUUUCCAAAAAUCCUAUUUUCGUAUUUUUGUAAGGUUUUUUUUUUACAUCUUCGUAUUUGUAUAUUGUAAAUUUAUAUCGAGUCCUUCAUAAAAAUGAAGAUCACGUGACGAGUACAUCGAAUUAAUGUACACAUUUUUUAAAAGAAAUUUACAAAAAAAAAAUGUUCUUAUUCGGAAUCGAAAAAAAAGUUUAAUAAGCCUUACAAAUUUUAUACGAAAGAAAGAUUGAGGAAUAUUUUUCCAUCAUUAAUUUCUCUACGCAAAAUUAUCAUGGAUUGUUUAUUAAUUGAAAGGUAUCCUUUCUCUUCUACAUUUAAUUCAAUUAUUUUUAUUGAAUUGAAAAACAAUGAAAUUUCGUAAUUAUUUUACAAUUUUGAGAAAAUAAUUUUACUAUAUAUUUUUUUGCAUGCUAUUGUCAAAUUAUGUAUUUUUAAAGAUUGAUUUUUUUUAUUGGAAUUUUUAUAUUUAGUUUUUUUUUAAGAUGAAAUAAUAGAAAAAUAAUUGGAUUAAUUAAUCAAAUAAUUUA